CUCUCUCUCUCUCUAAAUCUCCGAAUCCCCUCUCAUCGCUCGUCUUCCUGCCGUCGCAGCACGAUUCCGCUGUUUUUCUCAGGAAUCGAAGAGUUAGAGGCGAAGAAGGUGAAGAAGAAGAAGAAGAAGAGGCGAAAGCUAUGAAGCGGAGCGCACCUGGACGCAGCUGUGCGGAGAGCUCUCUGUUAGCUUCCGCUACACGAGAUGAGAUCCUUGUUACUGAAAUACUGCUCGAUCUUCGAAAUCGGAUUUGCUCUCUAUCUGAAUCGUUGUCCGAUUUCAAUUGGGGACGCAGGAGGAAGAGAUCCUGCCUGGAUGCGCCUCCGCCAUUACCUCCCGCACCUUCGCGGCUCUCCACAUCGGUACAGAAGAAGGCGGAAGUUGAAAUUGAAGUCAGAAAACCGCUCGUCAAACCGGAGGCGGCGGAGGAUGAGAAGUGCGCCGGAGACGCCGUCCGGAUCACCUCCAGCCCCGACACGCCGCUCUCCUUCUCGCCGUGUGAAUCUGACGAGAAGUCUAACCGUCCAUCGAAGAAGGCCUCCAGAAAAAGGUCACGAGAAGAAUUAUUUGAUAAGAUAGAAGAAUUAACACAGCGCAAGCUCAUUCUCCUAGGGGAAAUAGAAAAUGUGAAGAAAUAUUACGACAGUUUGAAGACCUAUAAUUCUCAAUUGAAAGCAAAAAAGAAGGAGGUGCUAAAAACUUGCCCAGGAAAGGGCGACUGCCAACUGGAAGUGCCACAACCAUUUCAAAGGAAUGCGUUGUCAUAUCAGCCACCGUUGAUCGAAGAUCCGACGGUGCAGAAAUUGCAGAGUCAAUUCGGCCCAAAUGCAGCUCGAUUCCAUGCGAUUGGAUCGGUCAACCGCGUGGGUCCUAUUACUAUACCUCUUGGGAUCGACCUUAAUAUUCCAGCUGAAGAGCCAUCUUUUGAAGUCGACUCAUCUCGGCCGUUGGAUGCAAACGUGAUGGAUAAACGGGCUAGAUGUGCUGAGGCCCGGAGGCGACGGCGAGGAUUAAUCAAGAUAAAGGCAAUCAGAAAUGCCUGUGGCAUAAAAUUGCCUGCAGGUAGAUGACAAGGGAAAAAAAACCACUGCUUCAUGGAGUGUACCAAUGCAGGAAAGCUUUCCGCCGGAACAUGGCCGUGAACUGCUCGCUAACCCGCCGGAACAUCUCCUGGAUGGACGUGGAGUUUCCAACGAAGGUCGACGCCAUCUUCAGGCCGGUUGGUGGGAUGUCGCAGACGCUCGAUUUGACGUUGUUCGGGAUCCACUCGACAAAGUAGGACGAGUUCCUGUUCUGCACAUUCAGCAUCUGCUCGUCGACCUCUUUCGUGCUCAUUUUCCCCCGGAACAUGGCCGACGCCGUCAGGUACCGGCCGUGGCGUGGAUCGGCUGCACACAUCAUGUUCUUGGCGUCCCACAUUUGCUGAGUCAGCUCCGGGACGCUGAGCGUGAUGUAAUGCUGCGAUCCUCGCGAUGUUAGAGGCGCGAACCCAACCAUGAAGAAGUGCAGGCGCGGGAACGGUAUCAGGUUCACGGCGAGCUUCCGGAGAUCGGAGUUCAGCUGCCCGGGAAACCGCAGAGAACAUGUAACGCCGCUCAUCGUCGCGGAGAUCAAAUGGUUGAGAUCGCUAACUGCAAGAUCAAACAAUUACGACGAUCAUCGAUUGCCAAGACGAACAAAAUCGAGAUUUCUAGCUACCCACAGCUGGGGGUGGUAAGUUUAAGUGUCCG